AUAAAUCGAUCUGAUCGAUCCUUAAUCGAUCUCGUUUAAAUUUCACACAAUCGAUUCACGGGGCACAAGAUCGAUUUUUCCCCCUCUUUCUGCGUCAGCCCUGCUGUGUUGUGUGCUUCCAUAGCCUCUCUGGUGCUUCCCCGACGUUUCUCUUCUCUUACUGGUGAUGACGCAGCUGCACACUCGACUCUACGUCGUGACGUUCUUGCGCGUGCGCACACGACCAGUGCAUUGCUGGCGGGAGUUAGUUGUAAACAAACUAUGGCUGCUGAGGCACGAAAAAUGCCGCCCGGUAAACCAUCUCAGAUGAAGUCAGGCGUCUGGAAGCACUUUGAUUUUAAAACGAAUGAUGACGGAUCAGAAGACCGAGCAAAGGUCGUUUGCAGAAUAUGCCAGAUCGAGCUAAACUAUUGCCGUAAUACCACAAACAUGUGGAAUCACGUCACACGAUACCAUGCUGCAUUGCUUGCUUCCGACAAGCCGCCUGUGGCAAUGCAAACAAAGUUGAAGGACGUGCUGGCUUUACCGUCGCAGUGUCCGCGAGCUUUACGGAUAACAGAGGCCAUCGCGAAGUUCAUAUGCAAGGACUUACGUCCAUACAGUGUCGUGGAAAACGAAGGAUUCCGACACUUAAUCAAGGUACUGGAACCCAACUUUGUAAUGCCCCAGCGAAAACAUCUGUCUACGAAAUUGAUACCAACGAUGUAUGAGUCCCUAAAGGAGGCCAUCCGAGUGAAAAUUAUAUCAGCUGAGAGGGUUGCCAUUACGUGCGAUACAUGGACAUCAGUGUCAACACAAUCGUACCUCACCGUGACGUGCCAUUACAUCGACGCGGAGUGGUGUCUCGUCUCCCAUGUGUUGGAGACAACUGAGGUCCUCACCAGCCACACCGCUGCAAACCUCGCAGACAUGCUGUCAAGGACCAUAGAGGAGUGGGGGUUAAGCAGCAAGACUCCAGCAGUCGUCACCGAUAACGCUGCCAACAUGGUACGCGCAGUGGAGAUACUGCAGCUGAUGCACGUUGGGUGCUUCGCUCACACCCUUAACUUGGCGUCACAAGCGGGCCUGAAAGUCCCUGCCGUAUCACGUCUGCUCGGUCGAGUGAGGCGUGUAGCCACGUUCUUUCACAGGAGCACGACCGCAACCAAAAUCUUGAAAGAUAAGCAGAAGAUGCUCCAACUGCCAGCACACAAGCUGACGCUAGAUGUUGUGACCAGAUGGAACAGCGCACUGGCCAUGGUCGAACGUUUUUUGGAACAGCAGCCGGCCAUAUCUGCCACUCUCCUUUCUCCAGACGUCCGCAGAAAUGAGAAGGAUUUGUGCAGCUUAACUGAGGAAGACGUGACUACUGCGGAAGAUUUGGUGCGGACCUUGCAACCGAUGAAAGAAGCCACACUAGCGAUGUCGGAGGACAAGCGACCAACGCUGUCAAUCAUCGCUCCACUACUCGCCUUGCUGCAGGAUGCUAUGACCCCCAGCCAACAAGAUUCCCCUGUGGUGAGGGACCUGAAGGCUGCUGUCAAGAGCAACUUGAGGACAAGGUAUGCAAAUCUCUCUCUCUCUCUCUCUCUCUCUCUCUCUCUGUUGUAG